AUGAGUGUUAGAGUCGUCUCCAGGAUACGGCCUCUGCUCGAAAAGGAGCGCGAAUCUGACAUUAUUGUUCGAGCCGAUACAGUCGAUCCUAGCAAGCCUAACACGGUCGUAAAGAUUCCCAAUCCCAAGAAUGAGGCUGAGGAGUUCUCUUUUACCUUCAAUGGCGUGUACGACCGUGCUACGACUCAGGAGGAACUGUUCACUGCCGAAGUUGCUCCAUAUGUCAAGUCUCUUUUCCAGGGAUUCGAUGUCACAAUAUUCGCGUAUGGUGUCACUGGUACGGGUAAAACGCACACGAUGCGAGGCGGUAUGAAGCUGGCAGACCGUGGGGUGAUUCCUCGGAUGCUAAGCAGUGUCUUUCGACGCGGCAAGAAGAUCAUGAAGGAUUCUAAGGGCGAUACCGACGUGAAGGUUCUUCUAUCAUACUACGAGAUCUACAACGACAAGGUCUUUGAUCUCCUCGAGCCCCCCGAGAAGCGAACGCCCACCGGUCUACCGCUACGAGCCGAGGCCAACGGCAAGACUAUUGUCGUUGGUCUCUCUGAACGAGCUUGCGAGGAUCUCAAGGACUUUGAGAAGUUGUACAUCGAGGCCAACAACAACCGCGUCACCGCCGCUACCAAGCUCAACGCCCAUAGCAGUCGCAGUCACGCUAUUCUGAGAGUCAAGCUGAUCCAGACAACUGCGGAGUCGGUCAGGGAGAGCACAGCAUCAGCCAUUGACUUGGCUGGUUCUGAGGACAACAGGCGAACUGACAAUGACAAGGAGAGAUUGGUGGAAUCUGCUGCCAUCAACAAGAGUCUCUUUGUCCUGAGUCAGUGCAUCGACGCUAUCGGCCGUGGUGACAAGAGGAUACCAUACCGAGAGUCCAAGAUGACUCGCAUUCUAUCACUGGGUCAGAACAGCGGCAUCACUGUCAUGAUUCUGAACCUAUCGCCUCUGCGAGGUUACCAUCUCGAUACCCUCAGCAGUCUCAACGUCAGUUCCCGUGCCAAGCGAAUUGAGGUUAGGGAGAUCGAGAACGAGAUUGUCUAUAAGUCUGUUCCUAGGACGAACUCUGGACUCUCGGGCCUGGGUCUGCGUCAGCCUCUGCGCCCUCUUGCCAACCUCACUAAUGUGCACAAUGGCAACGUCGCUGCUAAAGAUAAAGCUGCUGAGAAGGCGGCCGAUAAGCCUGUCAAGGCAUUUAGCGUCUACACUGACAAGUCGAAGCCAGCAGCACCUGCCAACCGUCCACUUGUGAGCUCCAACUUGGCUCGCCCAAAAGCGAAUCCUAUCAAGCGGCCUUCUGAAAACGAAGCCGUUUUGAGACCCAGCAAAAUCUCAAAGCCUGCCGCUCCAGCAUCCAUUACGAUUUCAGCUGCUCAGAUCGAGGCCAUGGUUGAGAAGAAGGUCAGCGAAAUCCUCGCUGCUCGAAUUGCGGACGAGCAGAAGUCUCAACCACCACCGACAGUUCAGCCUGAGAUCAGCGAUGCAGUACAGAGGCGACUGGAGGCACUUGAGAAGCGAAUCGACAGCGACGAAUGGCGAGACGAUUCCAAGUCGGAAGGACUACGCUUCCUUCUCGCAGCCCGACAACACAAGGAGCGUGGCGAGGAUCAAAUUGCUCUUAAUAUGUACGAAAGAGCGCUGCCAUUCUUCCCCGGGCAGGCGAAGCUGGUCAACAAGAUUGAGAGACUACGAUCGCGGCUGGAUGGAAAGGCUCCCGCACCUUCUCCCCGUCGGGCAACCCCUCGCUCGGAACGCAAGAGGAGAAAGUUUGUGUAUGAUGAUGCGGACGGUGAUUAUGAGACUGCCGAGGCCGAUGUGGAGGAAGAUGAGUUGGUGCAUAAGGCUUUGAAGUCCAAGUCACGAAGGGCUAAGCCUCUUGCUACCAAGUCCAUCCUCUCGGGUGACGAUGAGGGCCCUGCCUCUCCUCGCACUCAACAUCUUCUUGACAUUGUCAACUCGCGUGACCCGGACCAAAUCCGAAGCCUGGUUGGUUUCGGUGCGAAGAAGGCUCGUGACCUGGUCGACUACCUCGAACUUGUAAGUAACGAUGAGGCUGGCGGACAUAUCGACAACCUUUCCCAGUUGAGGACUGUGCCCGGUAUGGGUGGUCGAACAAUAGAGAGAGCUUAUGACGGACUUGUUGUUUAA